GUAUCUCCUUGAAGUAUAGUGAAACUGGCUCUCUCCUGUCCGUGGACUAGCUAACACACAUUGUGAAAGUGAACCACAUAAAUCGUGUGUCGUAUGUGUGUGCGCUUUUGUUUCUUGCAUUGUCGAAUACUUCUAUUUCCCGGUCCGCAGAUCAACAGUCGUGACACCUAACUAUGCAAAUAGAUACACUUUGACCACUUACUAUCUAGGGUAAAUACAAUGUAUUAGCCACAACUAUUAAGUAGCGGGAAAUUAUAAUCAUAACUAUCAAAAUACAAAUUAUUAGCCAUAACUAUUGUUUUGGGUAAACAGAUAGCUAACAAUCCUGUUACCGUUAACCAUGUUGCUUACAGAGUUCCACAUCAGUAUGGAGUGGCGACCCACGUAAGAUAUCAUUAAAAUAAAUUAAUUUUCUUUAAUUAAUUUAUUAUAAAAAAUAAAAAAUACUCUUCCUCUACCAACGCUCCCUCCCUACCCUCCCACUCUUUCUUUCUCUCUUUUCCCUCAUCUGUUCCCAAUCCCCUCUUCAGCCACCACUACGACACCGCCGACCGUCGAAGACCUAGUGACGAAGAUGUGGUGCCAGGCUCGAUGAGCGAAGGCCUUCUCUUGUCCAUGGAGAGAAACCCCCAAAUCUAAACCACAAAUCCUCAAACCUCACUAAACCCAAUCUCUUUCCUGAAAAUAAAAAAUCCUCAAACCAACCUCAUCACGCCCAUAUCCAAAACCCCUCUUCUAUCUCUAUCGGUGACGACCAAAAGAGCUGGCAGAGUAGUUAUGACGGCGGCAGAUAGUCCCAAUGAUGAUGGCAGCGAGAUUUGGGCAGAGGAAGAUCGGGGUAGUACCCGUCGUACCUGCUUUGGUGAAUAGGGUGGGGAAGACAAACUGGGUCGGGACUGUGAGGGUCAAUUCGAGAUGGGGGAGCUGAUUCCGACGAGCUGACCUUCGACAACCAGAUUUGGUUCCGAAGAGCUGUAGCUACUUCCUCGGACGGUUUUCACGGUGGAUGUCGAUAAGCAAAUCAAUCGGCUCUCAUUCUGGAUUAUCAAGAGCCGACAGCAAGAUGGUUACCGGCGUUGAAGACUUCCCCUCUUUGUCAUCAAUUUGCCAAACCGAGCAUCUUCUCUUCGCUGCGUCUUCUAGUUCAUUUAGGGUUUUGCCAAUUUGAUGAUUGUAUCAAUGGAUAAUAGCCAUUCUUCUCCUGGUAUUUAGAAGGGAUUUCUUAAGCAGUAGAAGGAUUAGGGUUUAAAGGAGGAAGAGAGGGUAAUGGAAAUUGUGGUGGUGGCGAUAUGGGUUCUGUCGAUCUGCGGGGAAUAAUAAGACAAACCGUGUUUUCUUUUUAUGAUUUUCAUUUUUAAUGUUUAUUUUAAUGAGAGUGGUAUUAUUUUUAUCUAAGUGGAAGUACAACAAACAAAGGCUUACAAAAAAUUAGUGGGUAGCCGAGAUACAAUCUGGGUCCCCAGUCCCUUAGCUAUAGCAAAACUAAGUAUAGUAAAAAUGUAUGCGGCCUCCCGACCCUGCAUCCUGAGACAUGGAGAAUUUUUGGAUCCUCUUGAGUAAAGCCACGACAUCCGUAUCCAACUCUCCCAGCGAAGAAAAAGAAAAUGGUAAGAAACCAUACCCAACAGUCAUACACAAGUCCCGAUACUUGGCACACUUUCGCUGAGCAGCAUCUGCAACAACUCGGCCAGGCACAAAACCAGUCAUCCCAGUCUGAUUCAGAGGUGAAGAUCCAGUCAAAUCGACACACACAUCUCGUCCCCUGUCCCAUGAAUAAAGCAGCAAAUCCGCAGGACGAAGGGGUCACCCAUGCCAAUCAACCAAACCGAUAUCAAGUUCUCUACCAGCAGAAAUCCCAGACCUAUAACAGAUGUCCAAUAAGGUGUCACAAAUGAGGUUGUGCCGAUGCUUAAUACCCACAGAACCAGCACAAGACACAACAUGAUCCCCAAAGACAUCACCAGGAAAGACACGGGAACAAGCCGGACAGGGCUUAGUUACCGAAAACAACGGGACACCCAGUCGUAACUAAGCACACUACGAUAUGUCCUCCCAUUCAUAGUCUGGUCCAACCCAGCAAUAGGAACAACAGGCAACCAAUCAGAAGAGUGCGCACACUGUUGAGACUUCCACAAAGCCACCUGGCACAUAGUCAACGAGAAAACAGAUUCUGAAGUAGUAACAACCUUCGCGAAAUAUAUGUCUGCCAAUUUCUUCAUAAUUUUUGGGGCAGCAACUCCACUAGGGUAACAUAAGAGAUCAGAACCUGUAAACUCAUUAAAGGUGCGUAGGGCGUCAUCAAAAGCAGGGCUAGAGGAUAGAAUACCAGAAGGACUUAGGAGCUUAGCUUGCAACUCCGCGGACUACAAACGAGACGCCAAAAAAGCAUAAUGCAGGACAUCUCCAACAGCAUAAACCUCAAGCUCGCCCAAAUGAAAAGGUAAGGUAAGGUGGCUAGCCGCCACUGCCAAUCAUCAAACCCGGGUCCAGAAGCAUUGACAAUAAGUUCUAAACUAGACCGCAGAGUUGUGUCAAAAGAUAGAUGGGGUGACCCGAAAAUACGAGGGGAGCAAGUCCGCAAAGCAAAGUAGAGUUAAGAAAUACUAGUACAGGCCCGAAGCAAAAGCAACUCACACUGUGGGUCAUCAAUCCUCGCAACCAAGUCCACCAACUCAAUGCUCUUAGUAACUCUCUUCGUCACAAACUCACUGCUAAAAUUAGGACAAGAACUUACAGAACCACCCAGAAUGGUGACACCGUGUGGAGGCCGAGCAAUAGAGGCAAGGAAAACACCCGGAAGUCGACUCCUAAGAUCCCCGGUAGGCCAAAAAAUCUCCGUCUUACCCACACUUAUGUGAAGGCCAACUCAAGGGCCUUCAUCCAUAAUCAUGUCUAAGACCUUCCCAACAACCAAAGUGUCCCCCACAACAGUGCCAUCAUCCAGAUACCAAGCCUGCAUACUCGGAUCAAAAGAGUCUCUGAUCUUGCACACUAAAGGAUGCAACACCAAAGCAAAAUGCAAAGGGCCCAAAGGGUCUCCCUACUGAACACCCUGGAAAGACCAUAAGCUAUGCGUCUCAUAGUACAAUAGUACAAUCGGGUUGGGCUAGAGUAACAGAACUCUACCCAUCGAGACAGGACCAGACAAUGACGACGAACUUCCUGAAGCAUGGCACCACGAUCAACUAAAUUAAAAACAUUCUGGAAAUCGACGAGCAGCAUAGAAAGAUCUACGUCGCCACCGUGGGCCUCAAUGAAUUGGUUCAAGGCAUGAAAAAUAGCCUCUCCUCCACUAGAAACCUCGACCCCAAACUGAAGACCAGCAAAAUAACCAGAUAAAUUAGGGCCAACAAGACAAGCACCAACCUUGUAAACAAGACGUCUCCAAACAGUGCCAACAGCUAUAGGACUACCACCCCUUGGUUUAGGAAGUGGCGUGAGCGGAGCGCUAGCAAUGUACUCACCAAGGGGUUGCGGGCAUCGACCCUCAAGAAAAAUAUUGACCACUCGAGUAAUAGAGGCUAGCAAAUCAUCCGAAAUAGCCACAACAACACCACCCAAACAAUCCAUAAGAUGUUGAGCUUGAAAACCAUCCCUCUCGCAAGACGUACCACGAGGGAAGAUCCUAAUCAUAUCCAAAACAACGGCCGAAGAGGCAACAAAAGGAUGAUGAUCUAUGGGAAAAGUCAGUAAUGAGGGAGAUGAGGCGACAUGAUGCUUAUCUCGCAGGGCCAGAAGAGUGGCAUCAGAAUAAGGGGCAAUACCGGAUGAAGAAAGCACUCGAACAACACAAGUAUAAUUCCCAUCACAAAUCUUCUUCCGACAUUGGCGAAGGUUGAGCUCCCCCAAAACAAGAUCCUCCCCCACAUCAAAUGAAGGGGGAACCUCAUU